CAGAUGCAGCCAUGGACGGCACACAAGAGCAGGACACCGCCCGUGGCCGCUUCCGCAGAGCAGCGCAGUUUCUUUACCAAUACAUCAAGAGAAUUGGCAAGGAAGACACCAGACCUAUGGACACUGAGGUCAAAGCAUCCUCAGAGGUCUUGGUAGAACAGAGCAGCGCUGCCCAGCUGGAUUUGCUUGUAGAGACGGCUCUUUUCAAUCCAGAGCAAGUGCCCGGCGUGGUGAGGUACAUCCACCAGUGGCUCAUGGCCAAUGAGGCUGCUGAGCACAGGAUGGACUGGGCCCUGAUGCAAGUGGCCGAGGCAGAGCCCGAUGAUGUGGCCAUCACCCUCCUGCAGGUGGCCCCAACGUGUGACAGAGCUGCUAUGGCCAUGUGGACGACCAUCUUGCUCUCGCCCUGGAUUUCAGAGGAAGUGACACCGCUCCUCAUCAAUGUGGUGGGGAGCUGGCCGCAGAAAAACCUGGGCACCUCUGAUGGGGACAAGACGGCUGUCUUUUCCCUGACUGCAACUCUGGUGAUGUGGAAGAUCCUCCAGGGGCCCUGUUGCCCACAGAUCCUCACAGUCUAUUUCCCCCGCCUCUUUGUGCAUCUCCUCUUCCAAACGUACUUCAGUACUUUGUAUAUGACAGAGGACGUCCAUACCUUCUGGAAGGAAUGCCAGGAGCAACACGGCCUCUCCACCAGCCCCAACAGGUUUGCAGUGCAGACCCUGAAGGCCCUGCUCUGCAGUCUCCACUUGGAGCAUGUGGUGGUGGCAAUGGAACACAAGCGUGGCUGGGACACACUGCUCUGUGCUGACACCCACCACUAUGCCGUGGGUCUGCUGGCCAGGUGAGCCCCCCUUCUCCCCACU